UCAGUUAGAAAUCCGAACAAACAAAUACGGUACGUCUAAGUGAAAUCACGUUGUUGAAGCUCUCUAUACACAGAGUUUUUUUUCUGUUCGAUAAAAUGGAAAAUCUCGCUAAAGUUUUGUGCUUAUGUGCCUUUGUUGGACAACUGUCCGGAUCAGCAAUACCUAUGUGGGAAUACCUCAGCAAACAGGAAAAGAUGUCUUAUCUAUACUCCAUGUUCGCCAACCAAGUAGAAGAAUUCUGCGAAUCGUCGAAUAUGAAAAACUGUAAUCAUGAACUACUCAAAUACGGCCUUGAUAAACUUAAGGAUAUGUCAGAGGAUCAUCUCGAUACCAUGGACCCUUAUCAACGUGGAGCCAGUAACAUAAUUUGGGAUGCCAUGAUGGAAGGUCACCAGAUGGCAAGCACUACUCCAAAACCUCAAAAUCUCGUCACCACAACAGCAAAACCAAACAGCUAUGACGACCACUCUUUCGAUGAAGAAUUUGGCAAUCAAGGAGCUGGAUCUGCUAGAAUCGAUACGAUAUAUCGUGUACCCCCUCCAAAAGGCUUCAUCUUCAAAGCUGAAACUGGAAAGCCUCUCUACACCUACCCCCACAAUUACCAAUAUAUUUCCAGAAUAAAUAAGGGAAAUAUUGCAAAUCAAUACACCACCACCACUUUGAAAACACCCAGUAUAUACGUCGACGCUCCUCUCAGCGGACCUAUGGAAGUCAGGGUAUACCCAGAUGGAACCCCAGUAAGAGACUCGUUGAAACAACUCCCUCACGAUGAAGAUUUGAGGCAAUAUCAAUUGUCCAAAGUUAAAAUACCCAAUUUGUAAGAUCAAACAAAAACUUGAUCAUCAGAUGAUAUUUAUGGUCGACCGAUCGACAACAUUUGUGAUAUUGCUUCUUGUAAAUAUUUAUUUUAUUUGUAUGUUUGUUAUGAUUGUCAGAGACUCUGAAGAAUGUGAUCCUUAUUUAUAUUCGAUAAUAUUAUUUUUAUUUAUCUUAUUUAAUUUUGAUGUAUAAUCACUGCGGUGGUUUUCAAGUGCUACAUCCAAUUUUAAUGGAUGGUUCCUGAAUUAAAACGAAUAUUUUAGGAAUAAAAUAUUUUUUCUGAA